AUGGAACUGUACCUCAGCGCCUGCUCUAAGACUGCCAAUGUGGCUGCCAAAAAAGCAGCCUCCAGCAGUGUGGCUGAGGAAAGUCAGCAAUGUGGAGAUAGGGCACACAAAACCCCAAUUCCAGGGGUGGGAGCCGCUCAGCUACUGGAUCUUCCUCUUGGGGUUAAGCUGCCUAUGAUCCCAGGAACUGAUACUGUGUAUUUUACUACGAAUAUCAGUGAAAAGCUUUUUCGACCUUCCUAUGGUUUUAACCUGAAUGAUCCUUACUGUCGACUUUUGGAAACACAAUAUAAAAGUCUCCAUGAUCCACAUUUAAGAACAUACUAUAAGCGCAAAGAUAUUCUGAGAAGACUAAAGAAAGGUGGCUAUAUCACCAGCAAUAACAAAAUUGUUUGUAGCUUGAGGGAACUGAAUAAAUACCGACAAUAUCUUACAAGCUUAAAAUUAGACUUUGAAAGAAACUAUUUAAGAGAACAGCAAUUGAUUACAAAACAGCUACAUAAACUGCAAGAAACCAGCCAACUUCCUAACUGUUCUGAUGUCACAAGGUUCCAGCAAUGGUUGUUACAGGACACCUCACAGUCUGUUAAGGACCAAGAACGUUUGUUAAGGCACAGAUAUUUGGAUAUGAUCAGUAAAGAAUUAGAACAACUUGAGCGCACGGCAGAAGAGCAACGCCUACUCCGCAUGGACAGAGAAGAGCGACGACAGAGGGAAUAUGCAAGAAAAAAACUUAGUCUUCGUAGAAAAAUUGAAGAGGAAUGGAAGACAAAGGAGAUGCUGCUGCUCACGAAGAUUGGAGAAGAUGUCAAGAGAGAGCAGAGGGUAGAGGAGCAAAGGCGGAGAAGCCGAGAAGAGAGUGACAGAAAGAAACAAGCAAUGCUAGAGAAAAAAAUGGCUUAUCACUUACAAAAAAUGCAGGAUGCUGGCAUUAAAGAUGACACGGGAAGAAAUGCAUUUGAAUAUAAAGGAGAAAAUGAAGCUCCUUAUGAAUCUCCUAUGAAGAAGAAAAAGAAGCAGUUUGAUGAUAUAAAAAUAGUUUAUCCUGAUGGUGAAGAGAAAAUAUUUAAAGGAACGUCAGGACACGUAUCAACUGCUGUUAAUCAGUCUCAGAGUAAUUCAAAGAAUGUUACAAAAAUAUCAGUAUCCUCAGUUGCUUAUCAGCCAGACAUACAGAACAGUAGUUCAGAACAAAAGAGAAAUGGAGUAACGAAAAAAAUCAGUGAUGAAAAAGGUACUGUAAACACAUCAGCUCGAAACUCAAUUAUUUCAACCCAAAAUUCACCCACAAGGAAUGCUAGACUUUCCCAUGCAUCCUUGGGUCCUCAAAAAGACGAGAAGGAGAUACAAGGUGAUUGGAAUGGAAGACCAAAUAAGAAACCAAGUUAUGCUGGUGAACCAGGAUAUCAGGGUGGUGCUCCUCCCCCGGGUAUUUUUUCUUCUCCUGUUUACUCAAAUAUGCAACAAAAUCUACAAAAUUGCUUGCAAGAUAAAAUAACUUCUGAAGAACUAAAUAGCAUAAUUCAAAAUAUAAUGACCUGGGUUGUAGCUACAGUAACCAGCAUAUUGUAUCCAGCCAUAACAAAAUAUGAAGAAAGAGUACAGAGUAAUACUUAUCCAGUGUCUGAUGACUCAGACCUUUCUUCUGAUAGUUCAAGUUUCUGUAGUACGUGCAGUGAGGGCUUUACAUACAGAAGCUACACACCUAAAACAUAUCAAGCAGAUCCAUGUAUAUUUGCUGGUGAAACGCCAGUGAAGAAACCACCCACACCUUUGAAACCUCCUUCUGCACAUGUGGAAAGAACAGUUAUUGAAAAAACAUAUCAUAUGAGCGAGGAAUCUAUAUCUUCACAAGUCAAUUACAACGAAACCAGCUUGGAAUAUCCAUUUCCUAAGAUAGGAAGUAGUAAAUCUGAUAGCCACCUUAUGACAUCAUUAGAAACGAGCACUAAAAUAUCUAAAGAUGCUACCACAGAAACAGACACCUUAGAGAUUCCAUUGGUAUUUGAUCAAAGAGCAAAGGCCUUGGAUCAGAUGAAAAAUUUGAAGAAUGUUUUUGUAAACUUUAAAUGUCACUUGAAAGGAGAAACACAACUUAUUUUAGAAAGUAUUUUUCAAGAAAUAAUGUCUGACUUAAGCCAGGCCAUUCCUUCUCUGUCUUCUGUGACUGCUGAAGUUUUUGUUGAUCAAUGUGAUACAGAAAGAGAAGAGAUGCUCUCAAAUGUUGACAUAUGCUCAGUAGCUUCAGAGAUUGUGGAAAAUAUGCUUGAGAAGCUGGAGUCUGCUGUUGAGAAACAAUGUGUGCAGAUGUUUUCACAAGAAGAUUUGGCAGUUGAACUUAAACCAAGUUUAUCAACUAGUGGUGACUAUUUGUCAUCCUUAGAUACAAAACCUUCAGAGGAUACACUGUCUUAUACCUUGGAGCCAAUGUGUGAUAUUGCUGAUGAUAUGGUACAUGCCAUUUUAGAGAAGUUGAUGACUCUUGCAUCUUAUAAGAAAAGUGAACUUCCUCCUGAAGACACGACUAAUCAUUUCCAACAACAAAUAAAUACAGAGCCAACACAUAAAUUACAGAAAAAACCUGACCAAAAAAGAUCUAGUCCUGAAUCUGAUGCUGCUAAUCUAAUUAUGAAAGAAGAAAUGCAAAACUUAAUAUCAAGUAUUUUUUCACAGUCCUCUCUAGUUUGUCAUGUAGAAGAAGCAAUAAGCACUAUACUAGGCUAUGUACAAACUGAACUUAAUAAUGAGAGACUUAUUGCAUCUGAAGAAACAGUAGUACUUCUUCAGCUACUGGAUGAUGUCUUAACUCAGCUUCACCCAGAGCCAGCAAAAGCAAGUGUUAAAAAACACAGACAACCUAGAGUAAGGAAUCUUCCUGAUACUGAAGAAAAGUAUAGAGUCACUGGCAGUAGGUCAUUUAAUGGUCCUAGAACUAAAAGACCAUUUCCCCCCGUUAAUGUUCCAGGCAUGGUUCUAUAUUCUGAAGACGAUGAUGAGGAAAUAGAUAACCUCGUGAAAAGUGUGCUUGAUUCAUCCUUCAGUGGUGAAAAAACAAAACCACAAGAGCAGAUUACUAACCAUUCGGCUACAAAGAGAGAUACUUGUUUUGAACGCAAAAGAAGUAAUAAACAACCAACAGAAACUUCUCAAAGCAAAGCUGGACAUCAUGACUGGGGAUUAGGGUUGAAGUUAUCUCUUAGUGGUGAAGACAUUGUGAAGACAAAGCACUGCUUGACUAAUGAUGCUUCAAUUUUCAGCCAAGAUCAAAAGCAUGAAAUACAAAAGGCUUCAGAAAAUAUAGUUAAACACAUUUUAACAGAAAUGUUCAAGGAUAUGUCUUCUGAUUCAUCUCAUUACUCAGGAAACAAAAUUGGUGAAGAGACCUCUGAUUUCAUCUUAGAAAAAUCUCAAGGACUACAAAAUCAAGAAUGGAUGGAACAGAUGUUCUCUAGGUCAGAAAUUUGUGCAUUUGCACAUGAAAUAACAGAUUCUGUGAUAAAUAUACUCCACAAGGCCUCAAAGUACAUUCCUCAUACCAUUAAAAACGCUAUUUCAUCAGUUCAUCAAUCUUGUUUAGAGCAUUCAGAUACUCCACAAACAGCCAAAGAAAUACCAACUAAAACACCAUUCAAAGUAUGGUUUGACAGUGAAAAGAAAAUGAAAUAUUUAUCUUCACUCAAUGUAGAGCUUGAAAAGACAUCCCAGUUAAGGUCUGGAGAAUGUGAACCUAAGCGUGUAAAUGAUAUUACUGAUAAGAUCAUUAAUACAAUUUUUAAAAGUCUGACGUUAUUUGUUUGUCCAAAAUUACAAAGAGGCAACAAACCUUCACAGAUAGAGAAAUCAUUACAUUCUCAACUUAGUACUUACACAAUGAAAAUAGUCAACAUCGUCUUACAUGCUAUACAGAAUGAACUAGGACUCAAUAAUAUAAACCCAAAUACUAGAGAUACAGACCAUAUCAAGUGUCAUGCAAGCAAAGGCUUGUUUGCUGAUCCCAAUGAAGCAGUAGACUCCCAUAUCUGCAGUGUCGAUGAGUUUAUGGAAAGUCCAUUACUGACAUGUAUUUGUGAAAUGAUAUCAUGUACAAAUGAAGAUCAAACAAAUACUUCAACCUCUACAGAUAAGACACUAUCUACAUUAUGCGGGUCUGACAAUGUUAAUAAACAAAACAUUUUGUCAAGUAAACAGGAUAAAACCUCAUUUCGAAAAUUUAUGGCUACACCUUGUAUUCGCCACAGCACCCUCAAUAGAAAGGAUUUGAAAGAUAGUCCCAAACUGAAGGUGUUAGAUCAAAUUGGAGAAACACUCCAUGAAAUGCUUAGCAAACUCCCGGAAGCCCAUCAUGAUUCUCAGCCAUCUUCCAGUCAGCAAAACACAGAGAAGUCACAUAAGGAUCCUCUAGCACUGUCUAAUGUUCAACUCAUUUCUAAAACAAUUCUGGAUUAUGUCCUUGCAAAACUAUGUGAUAUUGACCAAGAUAAAAGCAUUGUAAAUUCUGAAUUGAAAACUGCCUCAGAAUCACUUGACAUUGACAACCUAUCAUUUGCUUCAAUUAUGGAGGAAAUGGCAAAAUGCACCUACAUGAUCUCAAACACAAUUUCCAAAAUGGUAAUGGGUAAAAAAGAGAUUCCUAAAAAUGAAGCAAAAAAUGAUCUCCCAGUGUCUUCCAAAACUGAGAACUCAGAAGAAAUGUGCCCAGAUAAACUGAAAGCUGUUGCUUCAGAUAUUCUUAACGUGGUUUUUGCUAAACUGGAACUAUUUGCCGGUGGAAAUGAAGAAAACGUCAGUGUUCUUAAUGAUGAAAAUAAAAAAGAGACUAUGAUGGAUUGUGAAUGUGAAAGCAGAAAUUCUACAGAUUCACAUGAUAAAUCAUUGCAGUCUACUUUAUACAAUCAUGCAAAGAAGGUAUCAAGUGCUAUUUUGAAAGCCAUUCAAACAGAAUUAAAUAUUGACCCAUCAGAUUGUAAGGAAAAUAUAAAAAGCUCAACACAGGAGACACAAAUAUUUACAAAAAUAGUUGAUUUAAUUUUAGAUGUAGUAUCUUCAGACAUGUUUACUGAACCUGAAUCUGAGAACAGAGGCACUGAAAAUUAUGGAUAUCGACCAAUUUAUGGAAAUUUUCUUCCUGGAGGAGCUGAGCCAGAGUCAUUUCUAGAUAGUGAUGACAAACAAAAUAAGGAAUUCAUUGGAGAUAGAACAUCACCCAGAGAAGAAACCAGCACCUUUUCUACUGACCAGUGGAUCCUAGAAAGAACCUUAAACAAAAUUGAAGUAAAACUCAAAGAACCACACAAAUCUCCAAUUGUUCCCAUUAUAAGAAAUAUUUUGAAUGAAAUUUUUCAAAGUGCUUUAAUCAAUCAAUUAAAUGUUGUUUCUCUCUCACACUCUCAUUUUACUGGUAGGCCUCAUAAUAUUCCUGUGUCAACUAUUCAAACAUCUGCUCAAUUUAGGGAUCCGUUGAUGGGCCCUUUAGUGUCUGACACAGAUGUAACUGUAGUGGUAAAUGAUGUGGUUAGGACCGUAUUUCACAAACUUUUUUCAGCUGCCAUGACAGAAAAACCUGUAAGUGAAAACAGAUGUGAAACAAUCAUCUUUUCAACCAAUGUUUCUUUUCGUGAGCAUACCUACACAGGAAACAGACCUGUCACUAUGUUAAGUGGAAAUCCGUGUGACAUUCAGUCUAGCUGGAAUGUUGACAAACAGACCAAAAUAAAUGUAGUUGAAGAUAUUGUGCAGGCAAUAUUACAAAAUUUAGAAAAUUUUGCUGCUUCCAAAGUAGAAUCUCUCUUUCAUCCCCAAAUCAACUUCAGAGUUCCAGUGACUUUGCCAGUACAGCAGCAAGAGGGAUCACUAAGCACAGCAUUGUCAGGCAACGACUCCUAUUCUGAUAAGCAAUUUCCCUGUAGUUCGGUGGAGCAUGGUACCCCAGGAAAGAUGGACUCGUGGUGCCAACUGUCUUUGUCCAGAUUAAAUAUUUAUGCAAAAGAAGUGGCUAGGAAAAUUUUACAAGGUAUCAAAUAUGAGUUAGAUAAAGAACAGGAAAGUCCUCUCCUGACAAAUAAUGUUGUGGUUUCCGAGAAUAUUGCAAGUCAGAUUGUUAACACAGUGCUCGAUAUUGUGUCAUGCAAAAGCAAGUGUGACAAAAACAGUUCUGACCAGGAUAAUUAUUCAGAUCAGCAAGAUGGUAUUAUUGAAAGGCUAGUUAAUAAGGCAGAUUAUCGAAAAAUACUUGAGUUUCAAAUUCAAGAUACCAUUGAAGGGAUCUUAUGUGAUAUUUAUGAAAACAUUAUACACCAGAAUAACCUCUCAUUUGCCACACCCACUCUGCAAUAUAGUAUCCCUGGCACACACUCAGAAGUAAAUAUCCAACCAGUUGUUAGGGGUACAAAUAUUAUUCCUAAAGUGUCAGUUCCUAAAACAGAUGUCAUUUUGGUGUCGAAAGACAUAGUGAAUAUCGUGCUUCGUAGCCUUACUUCCUUGGUCAUGCUUGCUAUAAAUGCAAAGGAUCCUGCUUCCACAAGAUUGGCCUUCUGUGAUAUGUUUCCAAAAUCACAGUGCCAACAGUCUCUUUUUAUAACACAGAGAACUGAAGAAAAACCGGGGCAUUUUUCACAUUCAGAAGAUAAGAGUUUAGCUUAUGCUGAUGUUUACCAGAUGCCCAUGAAGAGAAAGGAAGACACCAGGGAACUCACACAGGAUCCAUGUGAGGAAAAUGCCAACUUCAUUACUGAAACUAUUUUUAAUCGAUUACAGUCUUUUGCCACAGAAAGAAUAAAUUCAUUAAUUUCUCCUGCUUUGCAGUCUAAUAAGGAAAACGUAUUUAUUAGCCCCAAAUUUGAAAAUGGUAAACACGAUGACAGCAUUUUUCAUGAACCAGGCCAAGUUGAAUCUGGUGUGAAUGUCCUAAGAUUACCAACAACUGAAGCAGACCCUAGCCAUGAACUUGUGGAACCCGUUUUUUCCAGCUGUGGAGAAAGUCUUGAAACCACAAUCCAUUUAUCACAAACUACCCUUAAGGACUAUGCUGACUUCAUUGCCAGUGCUAUUUUGAAGCUUAUUAAAAAUGAUUUAGACUUAGAAACACAAAGUAUGCACACAUAUUCAAACAGCAUUUUAUUUCAAAAAAAUAUCAUUGUGAGUGAAAUUGUCACUAGUAUCUUAAGGAUUUUGCACAAUAAAGGAUCUGUGAAGGAAUUUUUUUUACCCUCACCAGAGAAUCCCAGUUGUUCACAGUUAACUAUACCAAAUGAAGUUUUGCUGGGAUUCAAAGAGAAGGAAAAUACUGGCACAUUAUCAAAUCCCCCAUUGGAAGAAAGCCAAAUGAUACUGGAAAAGGAAAGCCAAAGAGUUAUGUUGGAAGAAAUAUUUAUGAGAAAAGGAGAAUCAAAGCCAAAAGAAAACAGCAAAGUAUUCAGUGCAGUGGAAGAGGUUUUGAAAAAGUUGAGUCAAAACAUAAUGGAAAUCAUAGGCCACUUGCCUCCAUUUAAUGAAAUUCCUUACGUUGUGUCUAAGUCUAAAAGUAAAAUGUCAGUUAUAACACAGAAGAAAUUAUUCCAGUCUCAUAUUAACAAUGUAUCAAAUGAUAUACUUGAAAAUAUUUUGGGAGAAAUGCACUCUGUCAUUGUGACAUCAUUAUACAAAAAAACUAAAAGCAGGAGAGAGGUAGAAAUGCAUGACAACAAUGAUACAUCAGCAAAACCACCAUGCUUUAAAGAAACUAAACUAACAAGAAAAAUAAGUAAUACCCCUAGAUUUGGGGGACCAGAAAUGCAUCCUUAUGCUGACAAUUUAAAUGCUCUUGUGUUAGAAAACAUGUUUUUUCCAUAUUCACCAUUGCAAAUUGGAAGAUAUUUAGUUCAAAUAGUUCUUGAUAAGUUGUCCAGUUUUGUUUCCCUGCAUCUAGAAGAGAGAUUUCCCUUUGAAGGUAGUUAUGAUGACAUGUACCUUCUUAGGCUACAUAAUUCUAAACUUAGCCCUAAGAACAGCCCUAGGCCAGGAUGUAAAACAAGUUUAAAAGCAAGGUCAAAAGUUACCUCUCUCUCUAAAUUUAAAACAAAACCACAUCUAGGCAUUAGUGGUACUAAGUCCAAAAGCAAGACCAAGUUAGGUGCUGUAGAGAAGACUCCAAGAGAGAACCGAUCCCAAACCGCCAUUGGACUACCACAAACUCCAUCAACAGAGGAUGCCAAAGUCGUGCUGAAAACAAAACUACCAACUUCAGAAUUAAGAGUUUAUGCAAAGAAUAUAAUAACUGAUAUUUUAGAAAUAAUUAUGAAAGAACUUGAGAAAGUGGUACAAAAUAGGACCGUGUUAAAUACAAAAACGUUACCAUCUGGUCAAAUCCUUGAAGCAAGCAAAAUUGUCAAUGCGGUAUUGCAAGAAUUGUAUGCUACAAACAAUCACAAUAUGGCUUCUCCAAUUAAUGUCUCAAAUCUGGGUGAUCAUCGCCUAUCAAAGCAGAAUCUGGGUGCAGGCUCCCCUACUGAGCAGCAGGCAUGUUUUUAUUUAGAGAAUGUUUCCUCACAGCUAGAGCAGAUUUUUCCUAAGGAAGGUAUAUUUAAAAAAAUGUUUGACAAAUGGCAAACAGAAACAAGUGAUACAGAAAAUGAAAAGUCUAAACUUUUAACCAUAGCUGAAAACAUUUUGACUGAAAUUUCAAUUAAAGCAAAAGAUUUGGAGUAUUCACUUUCACUUUUAAAUUUACCACCUCUUGAAGAUUGUGAAAACAGAUUCUAUGAUCGCUUUAAAUGUGGAGCUACUAGAGCUGAGGAUACAAAAGCACAGAUAAAUAUGUUUGGACGUGAAAUUGUCGAAAUGUUAUUUGAAAAAUUACAGCUGUGCUUCUUGUCUCAGAUGCCCACUCAAGAUAGUAAGGGAAUUCUAACAAGUAGGAAAGAACAUGUUGCUGCUAAAAGUAAGCAUGGUGUUCCAAACAAGCACAUCCUCAGUGGUGUGCAGACCUGUAAUAAGAAGAUGAAAGACCAAGUAUCUAUAAGCCCUAGCAACCAAAUUGUGCAAGAGAUUGUAGAAAGAGUCUUAAACAUGUUAGAGUCAUUUGUGGACUUGAAGUUUAAGCAUAUCUCUAAAUAUGAGUUUUCUGAAAUAGUUAAAAUGCCUAUAGACAAUCUCUUUCAAGUGCAACAGAGACAAUUAAGCAAAAAGAUGUUGCCAAAGUUACAACCAUUUAGAAAGUUUGGAGAGGAACCCAAGUCAAGUACUAUUAUAUCCAAAGAAAACGUACAUAACACACUCCUACAGGUUCAUUCAUUCCAUUCAGAAUUACUUACGUAUUCUGUCACUACCGUCAGUGACAUGCUUAGUAUAAUUAAGAAUAAGCUAGACAAAGAAAUAAGCCAAAUGGAACCAUUUCCAGUUAGCACACUGAAAGAGAAUAUUGCUGCCAGUGAAAUCAUUGGUACACUGAUAGACCAGUGUACUAAUUUCAAUGAGUCUUUGAUCACAAACCUUCACAACAAAAAUUGGUUUGAAGGAACUGAGAAUGUUUACAUUGUUAACCAGGUUGAAUUUGCGUCUCAUAUGAAAAUGCCUGCAUCAAAGAUGAGAAACACUAGUAUGAGGAGUAACUCUCCACAGAGGAGUGUAUCUGGCUUGGGGCUUAAUUCAGAGGAUGAUACAAAACAAAAGUAUGAGAUCACGUCCAGUUCAUCCUCACACGUCAGUUCCUGUGUCGAAAACAAAAUAAAAAGCUCGGACCCAACAGGAAGUUACAAUUCAAAUGCUGUGCCAUUAUGUUCUAGAAACAAAGCACAAGACCAGAGCCAAACGAACCCAAACUUUGGACUUUUUGAGGGAUCCACCAGUAGUAACAAUUCUCUUCCUGAAGGCAGUGUGUUACAAAAAUUAUUUAAGAAAGCAAAUGAUUCCACAGAAGAAUCUCUAAAACAAGCCAUGUCAUUUAUAGAAAUGGGGAAAGGUGAAAAUCCAAGGGUUUUUCAUUAUGAGACCACCAAACCAACUGAGCCAAAUGAAAUUAAGACAACUGCUUCCCCACUCAAAAUAUGUUUAGCUGCAGAUAAUAUUGUUAACACAGUACUGUCAAGCUAUGGCUUUCCCCAGCAGCCACACCCAGAUGAAAGCCUGGAGACUGUGAAACCAUUUCUCAUGUCUAGUCAAAAUUCUUUGUCUUCAGUAUGUGAAGGACAAAAGAAUGAGAACAAUUUGCUUAAAAUGUGGUAUAAACGAAUGGACUGUAUGAAUGAGGAAGAAAGCGAAGGACUUGAAGCCUGCCAAGGGGAUUUUUCUUUAUUACACAAAUGGGAAAAUAAAAACUCCAAACUGACAUCAGAGACUUUGGAGGAAACGGACAAGAUCACUUUCGUUGAUCAUGAACUGGGUCCAAAUGAAAUGCAUUUGGUGGCAAGACAUGUUACUACAUCUGUGAUCACAUACUUGAAGCACUUCAAAGAUGCAGUUUCAACUGAUGGGAAGUUGUCUCAUGUUUCUUCACUUCCAAAGAAAAAUUAUGAUUCAAAUCAGCCUCUAAAACGCAUAUACAGUAAUUCCUCAAUAUAUCAGUUUUGUGAACAUCUCUCUGAAUCUGUCAUCUGCUACUUAAUUUCAAACUUUUCAGAUGACACCGAAGAGGGUAACAGAGACAAUGCAUGGAAAAUCCAAGAUGUAAUUUCUAACAAAAAUAUCUCAAUUCAUUCUCAAGUGUAUCAGAGCAGGUCUAUUUCCAUUGGAGAACUUGCUUUAAGUAUUUUUGAAGUUAUCAUUGAAAUUCUUUCUAAUGGAAACAUUAUAAGUGCUGACAUGGCACACCAGGCUUCCAUAAAAACCAAGUACAGGUUCUGUCCACGAGUGACUUCCUCCGAUAUUGAUGAUAUCUUUCAAGAUCUCUUAAAAGGAGUGAUUUUUGUAUUGUCCAAAGUACUAGGAAUAAAUCAUCACUUUGAAAAUAAUGUAAGAAACAAAACAUAUCCUAUAUUUAGAAACAGUAUGCCUAUUUUCAACAAAAUCAAUACCAUGGAAACUCAGACAGGCCCCAGAGACUGGGAAUCAUCUCCUCACCUAAUUGAUCACCAUGCUCAAAGAAAUAAAUUAAAUUAUCUGGCAUGUAGGUUAAACAGUCUGGUUGGUAACCUAAAAUCUCAUGAAUCCAAAGAAGUUGUCAAUGAAGUCUUUAAUAUUGUUUUAGAUUUAUUUUUACCAGAUGAAUUCCCAGAUGGGGAUAUGAGUUCUGGUAAACUAGCAAGAACAUUUUUGACCUCAAAUAAUCAACAAAGUAAUAGAAUCCUUACAAAUAAUCUAGGACUUUCCCCUAAAUCAAUUUUUCUUCUCAAUAUUGUGUGUGAGAAACUUAUUAGAACACUUCUAGAAAAAUGCACAGGCGCUACAUUUCUUGAGGAUAGUUCUAUUUUCCGUGAAGUAGCAGAAGAAUGUCAACAUGGAAAAUUACUUGGAAGUGUUCAAGGUAGAGAUUUCGAUUACCUUGAGGCACCAAUGGACUGUGAACAAUUUCAAGGAGAUUACAUGGCAGACCUUUUGGAAAAUCUGGCAGACGUGGAUCAAGAUUUAUUAUCAUCAGAUUGUGUACUUAAUGUUAUAUCCCACAGCUUGGUUAAAUCUUUGAUGGAUAAGCUAUCACAUGGUUUUCAACAAGCUCCUUUUGAAAACAAAUGCAUGAGCUAUGCAACAAGAGAAAUUCAGCCCUUUUUCCCAAAAGCAAAAAGGCAAGAAUUAAUAGAAUUGGGAGAAAAGAAUGCCCACGUAAGUUUCAUGAGCUAUGACAGUAACUUUUUGAACAGGUCCUUGAAUAAUCCCAAUGCAGCUGGCUUUAAAAUGCAAACACCAUUUGGCAAACAAAGGGCAGUAAAGCCUUUCUCUUUGUCACUUCCUGAUAGAGAAGAAACAAGGGGAAUGAACACAAUAGCCUUUCGUAAGCUAUGUCAAAGAGGAGCAAAUGGUGGUGUUUAUUCAGCCACGUUUUUGGAGGACAUAAUCUCACAAUUAUUUUUUAAGCUGACUACCUCAUUGUGGAGGAAAAAUAUAAGCAUCACUGAAACAUGGCUCAAUGAGAUAAAUACAUCACUUAUCAACAAUGUAGUGAAUGAGUUAAAUAAUGCUCAAAUCACUGUUCUAAGGUAUCCUGAAGAAAGGCUCUAUUUUCCAUCAGCACAUAAAGGAUGUGUUACUAAGAUUGUUGAUUCCAUUUAUUAUGAUGUUUUACAGCAAUAUGAAUUUAAAGUAACCUGUGGGGAUAAUCUGCCAUAUGAUGACACUUCAGUAGCUGAACAAAUGUCUAAUAGCAUAUUCUUAGAGAUUGUAGACUAUCAGCUUCCAUCUUGCUUCAAGGGAAAGCUCAAAUCAAAUUUAUAUCAUACUCUCAAUGCUGAAAUCAUACUGCAUAAACUUCAAAAUAAUCUAAGAAAAUUUAUCUCUGAACCCAUGUCUUCGAAAGAUUAUAGCACCAUGUUACCACACUCAUUUUUAGAAUAUGUCAUCAGAAGACUUUUGGCUCAGCUUAUUCCCCUGCCUGUUAAGCCUUCAUCUUUAGAAAAACAGUGUUUAAUGUGUUCAAAUUUUAAUGAAAUGACCAACUCUAUAACAAAUAAAGUUAUGUCAGCCAUUUCAAAACAUAAAAUCUGGUUCACCAUCUAUGAUAAUCAAUGUCUCCACACAGAUAAAAACCUCCAAAAGAUGGUAGAUUCUGUUUAUAGUAAUAUUUUACAAAUGUCUGAUUCUCUUGAUUUAAUACAGAAGAAUAUAAUUAGUAGAAGUCCAAUUAUGAUUGACCAAAUAGCCAGUUUCAUUAUCCAAGAGAUUAUUGAAAACCAUCUUCGACCAUUUUUGUGUGGAGAGAUUUUACCUCGCCCCAAAACUCCACUUGAUGAGGUAUCUUAUAUGGUCAAACAAGUUCUCAGUGAAGUUGUAGAGUCUCACAAACUCCAGAAGCCAUCACCUCUUGACAUUUACCCUGAUAAAUUUGUAGGGGAAAUUGUUACCAGAGUUUUAUCAAAGAUUUUUAGCCCGAAGCCUAAUACUAAUGCUGAGCUGGAAAAUAUGACCCAAAAAAUAGUAAACUCAGUGAACAACCGUUUAAAUAGAGCUAAAAUUCCUAUUCUAUGCGAUAAACAAUCAUCCUUUCCAUUUGGUGAUGCAGAUAUUGUAGAUGAACUUGUCACCUCAGUAUAUAGAAAUGUUUUGAAGCAGCAUGGGCUAGAUCCUGACAUUGAAGAAUCUGAAAAUAGUGAUGCUUUUGUGGAAAAUAUUGCCAAAUUAAUCAUAGCAGCUAUUUCAGACUACCUUCUUCACCCACUGUUUUCUGGUGAUUUGUCAGCUGCUUCCUGUUCUAAUUCAAUGGCUGACAAUAUUGUUUUUAAUGUUCUUGAUGACGUCAAUAAUUCUAGUAAGCCAAACCAAUAUUUACCUCCAUAUAAUACAUUGCUACCAUAUACAUUUUUAGAAGAUAUGAUCAGAGUACUAUUAUCUAAAUUUUUCCCUCUUCCCAAAGUGGCUUCAAAUACAGCUCUAAAGGAUAAGGGAGUAAAUUUUAAUGAAAUUGCUUCCAAUCUUAUCAGUGACAUUAGGAGAAAAAUUUCCCAACAUGAAAUUAGAUUUUCAAAAGAUGAAGAUAAAGCCAAGUCCUGUUACUCAGAAGAUGAUGUUCGCCAUCUUGUUGAUUCUGUUUUCACAAAUAUUUUAGAAAACUCUGAUUCUCAAGAAUCAGUGGAAGAAAAUAUCACAAAAAGUAAUGAUGUUUUAAUUGACAAAAUUGCAGGUUUCAUUAUUAAAUAUGUAUGUGAACACCAUCUUCAGCCAUUUGUGGAAAAAAGGCAAUUAGCUUCUUCAACAUGUGAAUGUUUUGAUGACACACAGAAUUUCAUUUACGCUAGUGCUUAUUCUUCAACUUUUUUGGAAGAUGUGGUCUCUGGAGUAGUAAGCAAAAUAUUUCACAGAGUGGUUGGCAUUGUCCAAGUGGAGUCAACAAGAAAUUCAGAAGAUGUUCUGUUUGAUAAAGCUGAAAGUCUCAUAUAUUGGAUAACAGAGGAAUUUUCAAAAGCCCAGGUUACAACUAUAGAAAAUGCUGAGGAACGGUUGUGUUUUCCCCCAGUAGAGAAAGAUGUACUCAAAAACAUGAUUGGCACUGUGUACGGCAAGGUUUUAGAAGAAUAUGAAAUGGAAAUGAUGCCUGAUAAAGAUUUUCUAGAUGACACAAAGGCUUUGGCUGGCCAGAUAACCAAAAUCAUUCUGACUGAAAUUUUUGAUUUCCAGAUUCCACCAGAUCUUAUAGAAAAUCUGCCUUUAAGUUUACAUUCAAAACUUAGUCAAAAUGCUUUGGUAAAUAGAGUCCAUUAUGAUAUUAGUAAAUCAAGAUUCCGAAGACAAGCAUCAACAAUAUAUACUACUAUGCUCUCACAUAUUCACUUAGAAAAAAUAGUGACUCAGCUUAUAUCUCAGAUAAGUCCAUCACAUUCCAGUGGAGAACAUUCUGAUACUUCUCAAUCAGACUUAAGUAACACAGUUAUGAAACUGAUAAAUGAAAUCAUGUCAAUAAUUUCAAAACAUGCAAUAUGUAUUGUAAAACAUGGAAAUGAAAAACAAAGUAUGAUUUCAGAAAAAGACAUGCAGUCAAUGGUUGACUCUAUUUAUGCUGAUCUUUCUCAUUCAAAUCUAUACCAGUCUCUUACAAAGGAUAAAAAAGGUGUAAGUAGCAUACCUGUUUCAAAAAUAGCAAGUUUUAUAAUAAAAGAGAUCUUUAAUCACCAUCUAGAGUCAUUCUUAUCAGGAGAUAAAAGUUUUCUUUCAGCUUCAGUUGCUCAACCUUGCAAGAAAAAAGCAACAAACCCUAAGCAAAGAGAAUUGUCAGCGUCAUUUGUUCAACCUUGCAAGAAGAAAGCAACAAACCCUAAGCAAAGAGAAUUGUCUUUCAUUAUGAACUCAGCUGUCUUUUUGGAGGAAGUGAUUUCUGAUCUUUUAUGCAGAAUUCUUCAGACAUUCCUACAGAAUUCCUUGGCUGAUGAAACCCCAGAGAAAGCAAUAGCCAAAAUAAUGGAUAUCGUUACAGCAUUAGUAAAAUCAAUUGUUUUAGAGUUCACUACAUCUGAAAUUUUACUUGCAGAAAAUUUGGAUGAGAGUCUAUGGUUUUCAGAGACAUAUAAAGAAAUGGUUCAAAAAACAGUCAACUCAGUUUAUGAAAAUAUAUUAGAUCAAUAUAAAUCACUGAUGCAGCUACACAGGGCAGUACAAAAUGACACUACUUGUUUUGGAGGAAAAAUAUAUCAUUUUCUACUGGAAGAAAUUUAUGAUUAUCAGGUGCAGUCGUUAGUUUCAGGUGAACUAAUGCCUUCUUCCUAUUCUUUCCCUCGAGCUGAAAAUAUCAUCAAAAAUGUGCUCAACGUUAUCUUGAAGGAUACCAAUGCCUUGCCAUCAUGCAUUACAGUGCUCCCUUGCUCUCUAAUAGAAAAUAUGAUUUACAAGCUUUUAGUAAAUAUCUUCCCUACAGAUGACACUACAAGUAAACUAAAGGAGAAAGAGGUUGGGCCAGAUGAUGAUGACGAGUUCAUGGCUGCAGCUUCAAAACUGACUGAUGAAAUUAUAAAAGAAAUUUCUGAGCAUGAGAUCAGAUUUGCUGCUGAAGAGGAGAAUGUAGAGAGUGUGCAACAGGGAACCACUGAGAAUUUCAUCGAUUCUGUAUGUAAUAAUAUUUUGAAAAACUCUGAAUUCCAAGCAGAAGUACAGAAAGAUGCACACAAAAAGGGAAGUUCAUUUCUCAGUAAAAUGGCUGGUUUCAUUAUGAAAGAAAUCAUGAAUCACCAUUUGCGGCCAUUUUUAUAUGGUGAAGACUCACCUUCUGGUAACUUACCUGAUUAUGGCCGUGCUUCUGUUCUUGCUAAGUCUGGGAAAGAAAAGUCACAACCUUCUCUAUUUUCAGCUGCAUUUUUAGAAGAUGUAAUUGUUGACCUUGCUCACAAAUUUUCUUCUUUUGCAACUCUUACUGAAGAUUCUAGGAAAAAAGAUAUGCCAGAGCCAGAAGUUGAAAGCUUAGCUCUAAACUUUGCAAACUCUCUCGUACAGGAAUUUAGGAAAAGUGAAAUCAAAGUUUUACCACAUGCUGAAGAAAUAUUUUCUUUCCCACCAAUUGGGAAGGAGACAGUUAAUGAGAUAUCUAAUUCUGUAUAUGAUCAGUUCAUAGGGAAAUUUGGAUCUGAUAGUAUUCAGAAAGAUAACACUGGUAACAUUGUUAUAGAAAUGGUUUCUUCUUUAGCCCAGAAGGCAAUUUCGUCAUUCAAGAUUCAACCACUAUUUUCAGGAGACUGGUGUUCAACUUUCUUUUCAUUUCUAGAUCCAGAAAAUAUCACCCAAAGGGUUCAACUUCUACCACAGAAAACCUCCAUGCAGAUUAGUCGAUGCUUAAAACAGAGCCAGCUUGCUCUAUCUAAAGACACAUCAAUGAAAAAAGAUGAUGUCCAAUGUCCAAUACUUAACUCUAUAGCUACCCUGAUGAAAAGCAAUAUCAUCAACCUGAUGUCAGGAUCAACUACAGGCAUCACAGAUACAAAGAAAGAUGAUGAAAAUAAAUUGAAAUCUGCCCCUCAAAAAUAUGAGAAUGCCUCAAAAGUUAUGUCUCCAACUAUCAGUGUGAAAAGUAAAGGUACUCAAGUUCAACAUUUGAGUGACAAAUGUAAAAGUAAUGAAACUGAGAAAGAGAACUUAGUUCUAAUCAAUGAGCAGGGGCAGAUGAUUGAAAUAUACACCCAUUUUGCAGUAGCUACUGUUGAAAACAGUUCUGAGAAGGAGGAACUUGUAUCAGAUUUGGUAAUAGACAAUGAAAGUAAAAUGGACAAUGCCAGUAAAAGCAUAGUGAAAACAGAUGAAAAGCCCAAGAGUAAGCGUAAAGAGAGCAUAAAAGAAAAAACUGUAAAAAUAGCCCAACAGCCUGUUACAGAAGAGAGGACACAAUCUGUAAGUGAAACAGAUAGAUAUGAAGAACCCUACUCAGAAACUGAACGUGUUGAAAAUGUCAUUGAAAAUAUUUAUGACAAUAUUUUAAUAUCUUCUCAAGAGCAAUUGGAUUUUUUCAAACCAACAUACAGCAAAGGUGUCCCAAGUGAUAAACCUUUGGUUAUAGGUCAAGAUUCUGCACAGCCUGUUCCAACAAAGGGUUUAUCCCCAUCAGUUAACACAGACACCACUGCUAAAGAGAAAGUAAUUGAAGAAACUGAAACUAAAAGAAAAGAGAAGAGUGAGAUCAAAAAAGAGAAAGACAUUAAAAGUCUUCCUAGUAAGCCAGACCAUCCGCAAUCCUCAUCAGAAAGUAAACCUACAAUUAUUCCUGCUAUGUUUCUAGAAGACGUGCUCACUGAAUUGGUGAAUAAACUAAUAUUUACACCUUCACCAGAACCCAAAAAGUAUGAUAGUACUCCAAAGGCAAGUGAGGACCAAAACCAAGAUGAACUUUAUGACACAGCUAUGAAACUCAUUGACUCAAUGUUGAAGCAAUUUUCAGAUGCAGAAGUUAAGGUAUUUAGGCCAGAGAAAGGAAAUGAGAUUUUCACAAAAGCGACCAAAGAAUCAGAAGUUCAUCCAGUUCAUACAGUACCUCCUGUGUUGAAAGAAGCAGUUACAGGUGAACCAGCAUCCAGCAUGACUAUUGAAAAUGUGGAUAAAUUGCCACCUACACAAAAAGCCACUGAACAACCCUCUUUCCACAAGAUCCCCUCCCUCCAUAGAAUGCCAUCAAUUGAAAAAUCAGUUGUCAAUAAAAUUGUUCACUCUUGUGUUUGCAAUGUUUUAAAGGAAUGUACAUCUCAAGAGUCUGUUUGCAAGAAUAUCAACAGUAAUGGGGAAAAUCUAGCAAAAAGGCUAACUAGCACAGUGAUAAGUGAAAUUUUUCAACAUCAGCUUAACUUGAUGUUUUCUGAUGAGAUACCAGCUUCAGCAUGUGUGCCUCUGGAAUCAAAAGAUGUUGAGAAAAAGGUCCAAAAGGCUGUGGAAACAGCCAGUAAAGAAUGUCAAACUUCAUCUCCAUAUACUAUAAAGUUGCCUUUCAAAUUUUUAGAUGAUGUUAUUUCUGCUCUUUUGGCAAAAGUAUUUUCAAAACUAUCUAAUGUCAAAACGAAAAUAUCUCAACAAACUCCUUUGACACAACUUGACUUCCUUCAAAUGAAGUUAGUAAAUACAGUUGCAGCAGAGAUUGCCAAAAAUGAGGAUAUGAUUAUACAGUAUGUAGAAUCCUUGCAUCCAAAUGAUGAUGAAAUUAUUCAACUGGUGGUUCAGACCAUUUAUAAUAAUCUUUUGCCACAGUUUGGAACACAGGAAACCAUACAAAAUUGUAUAGCUAGUGGAUGCAGACUACUUUCAAAAACAAUAGUGGAUUUAGUUCUAAGAGAAGUGGCUGGCAAUCAGUUACAGAACUAUUUUGGUGGUGAGUUGACUCCAUAUCAGUGUGCAGAAGUUGACAAUGUUGUUGAAAAUAUCCUCACUAAUGUUGCCUUAACUACUUCACCACAGCCACCACAUCCUCGUAAACUAUCUUAUCACGUAAUAGAAGCAAUUUCUGUAAAGUUCUUAUCAAAGCUUUUAUCCGUGUUUCCAACAGUGCAUACAGUAAAAACUAAAUCUCCGGAAACUGAAAUGCAAAAAAUAAGCUCAAAAAUAUUAAAGUCAAUCCAAGAAUGUAUGUCAAAAAGUAAGAUCAAAGUUGUAAAACCUGCCAAGGAAUUGGAACCCGAGCCUUUAGCUGAUGAUGCAACUAUUGAAAAAGUAGCCAAUUCUGUUUAUGCCAAUCUUUUAAAACACUCAGGCUCUCCUGCGUCUGUAUUUGAAGAUUUAAUGGGUAAGAACAAUGUCCUUCCUGACAUAAUAGGUUCGUUAAUGGUAAAGGAGAUUUCCAAUUCAGAAUUUCAAGCUCAAGCAGAAGAAGAACUUUCAAGUUCUGAAAUAGCUCUAGAAGCUGUCAAAAUUAUGGAAAAGGUGGUGAAAAUUAUUGAUGAACUUAAAUCAAAAGAAAAAUCUUCAUCCAUAAAAGAUUUGAUAUUAGACUCCAGAGUUUUGGAGGAAGCUUUGGCCUUGUUUUUGGCUAAACUAGUAAAGAAGCCUGGUCCUGAGAGCAAAGACACAGACAAUUUAACAAAGCCUGAGUUAAAUAAAAUUGCAUCUCAGUUAACAAAAUCUGUAACAGCUGAAAUUUCCAGAAGUAACAUAAGUCUUGUGGAUUCUGAUCCUGAAGAACAACCUUUAGAUCCAGAAAACAUUGAAAAAAUUUCUCAGGUUAUUGAUUCUGUUUAUAGUAAUAUAAUAAAACAGUCUGGAGACGAUAAUGAACUCUAUGAUAUGAAAGGUACAAAGAAAUUAUUCCCUAAGAAAGUGGCUAGCUUAAUUGUCAAUGGAGUUUCAAAUGUUCCAUCAUGUAGAGUUAUCACAAAGAGUUCUGAUGCUGGUGUCUUUGGAGAUCUAGACACAAAUCGAAUCAUUGAAAAGGCACAAAAGCAUGCUGCACGAAUGAACUCUGACUCCGACAAAGAGUUGGAUGAUGUAGUAGAAGAUGAACUUCCGGUUAGAAUAAUUCCACAUAUCGGGAAUAAACCAUUGAAAAUAGAUCCAAAUAUCAUCGCAGAACACUUAGCAGUUAUUUCUAUGAAGACUCAGCCUCUGGAAACACUUAAGAUGGACUGUUUAAAGAGAACUGGAUAUAGUAUAGCGGAGCUGAGAAGAGCUUCCAUAAGUGGAAAAGGUCACUCUUCCACAGAGGUGUGUGAAAUGGGAACGAGACAGAAAGAAAGACGCAUCUCAUUGGAUAGGACGGGACGACUAGAUGUGAAACCCUUAGAGGCUGUUGGCAGGAACUCAUUUCAAAAUGUAAGAAGGCCUGAUAUCACCAGAGUAGAGCUUUUGAAAGAUAUUCAUAACAAAAAAGAUCUGAUUGUUCGGUUAGUAGCUCAUGAUAUUAGUAAAAAUGAUUUAGAAGGUAGCUUCAGAGAGGACAUGGUUUCUGAUGAAGAGGAAAUUGUUUUAGGAGAGGUUGCUGGACAUCAGUGCUUAGGAGAAAUAUCUGGAGAUCAUGUUGGAGAAGUUCUGAAACCUUCGGAAACCCAAGUUGUUUCUCCCAAAACAACAACGAGCACAAGCAGCCUGAGAAAGUUCUUAGCACUAAGCAAAUGCUGUCACCCCACAUCUGGUGAACAUAUUGAAAGUAUAGAAGCAACUGGAAAUCAGACAAUGGAGCCUAGCAAGACACAUGUUAAAAGAGCUGUUGCUGAGCUUGACAUGCCCUCUUCCAAAAUCUUAGCAGAAGGACCAUCUUCUAGUGACAAGUUACAAUAUAAGAAAGAAGAAAAUCUUGCUAUCGAACCAACACAUUACCUCAUACACAGAAUUAUGAGUACUUCAUCAUACAACCAAGAAGACCUCAUUUCUGGUGAAGCAGAAGAGUUUAAACCAGAUCUAAAGGCUAAAGCAUUGGAAGGAUGUUCUCAGGAACCACAAGCAGGGAACUCAAGCAGUGUUCAGUUUGUCACCAUCUUUGAAGGAUCAAAACAUACGACCAGCAGUGCAGGUGUCUCAAAGGAACACAUUUCAGAAAUAUGCAAGAACACUAUUUCCAAGCAAGGGUCUAAAGUGCUGGCGAAGGUAUCUUCAACUCUGUCAAAGGUGUUCUCCCGAUCUAGCAGUAGUAUGCCGAAGUCGUCCUCACCACCUCACCAGGAUAAGCACUAA